AUGAGUCAAGAUAGGAACAAGGACCAAUUCACGCAUAAUGAAUAUACCGUGGGAUGGGUCAGCGCCCUGCCCAAGGAGUUAACGGCCGCUACAGCCAUGCUGGAUCAUCAGCACCCAGCACUAUCAAAGCCCCGAAUGGAUAUCAACUCGUAUACUCUUGGUUCCAUUGGGCCUUACAACAUUGCCAUUACUUGCUUACCAAAGGGUAUGAUUGGAAAUGUCCCAGCAGCAACAGUUGCUAGUCAUCUAGUCACUACUUUCCCCUCUAUUAAGAUCGGUCUCAUGGUAGGUAUUGGUGGUGGUGUGCCAUCCAACAAGGUCCAUCUGGGAGAUGUUGUUGUUGGUACAUCUUCUGGUGGCUAUCCAGGAGUAGUGAAGUGGGAUGCUGGUGACAAGUUGAUCAAAGACGCUGCAUCACGGAAUGAAAUCAACAAAGACCUAGGGGGACAAAUCCUCUGCAUCGAAAUGGCGGCUGCAGGUCUUAUCAUCACUUUCCUUGUCUCGUCAUACGAGGGCGAGCGUCCACUGAAAGAAGCGUUGAACGAUGUCCACUCACUUGUCUCCGAAACACGCCAAGAUGUCGCCGAGAUCAGAACUAAUCAGAACAAGAAGGAUGAUAUCAAGAUUCUCGACUGGCUCACCGCAGUCGACUACGGCAUCCUCUUCACAGCAAAGGCGACAUUCAGGGGGGCACAAUUCUUCAAUGGGAGAACGCCACUUUCGUUCGCAGCUGAGAAUGGGCAUGAGACAAUUGUUGAGCUUCUUAUCACCAAUGGGGCAACUUUGGGUAUAAUACACACCGCUAAAGUCGAGUUUGUCCUGUUGACACCGUUUUCAUAUGCAGCGAGGAACGGGCACGUAGGUGUCAUCCGAACUCUGGUGGAACUUGGCCAAGCUGACCACGAUUCCGCUGACUUAAAAGGGAGGACACCUCUUUCGUAUGCCGCAGAAAGGGGUCUGAAGUCUGUGGUUAGACUUUUGCUGUGGAAGUACAAGGCUGACCCCGGCCAUAUGGAUGAGGAUGGGCGCACACCUCUUUCAUAUGCUUACCAGAAGGGUCAUACACGUGUCAUCCGUGAACUGUUAGAAACGGGCAAGGUCAGCCCGGAUUCAAUUGAUGAUUUGGGUCUUACGCCCCUUUGCCAUGCCACAUUGUGGGGGCAUAAGUUUGUUGUACUUUGGCUCAUUGAAAAGGGAGCUGAUAUUGGCUAUGUUAUUCCCAGUGGAGACUGUAAACGGAACUCAGCUUUAGCAAUUGCCACGAGAUAUGGGCAUCAGUCAAUAUUGGAUAUUCUAAACAGGAAGAGGCAAUAUCCCUAA